CGGCCAAUCGUAGUCCAAGAUGUGCUUUGAUCCUUUGAAGACAACGAGCCCUGUAGAGACCACGUCUAUGAUUGGUCGCUCCUCGGCAAAGAUUUAAUUUUGAAAUUUUCUUUAUGGUGUGGAAGAGGCUUAGGCCCGAACUUCGUCUAAACCCCAGGCUCUUACACUAAAAUCAUGCCCAAGUACAAACAGCGAAGAAGAAAGCUAAAAGCCAAAGCCAAACUAUUGUUUAAGAAGAAAGAAGCCUCUCGAGUCCCGCCCAAGUUAUUGACACCUCCCCCUCCACCACCCACACCAGAAAGAGUGGUUACUUCUUCAACAGAUAUUCCCCAAAGCAGAAACUGGCUAAGACUAUCUUGGAACUUCAGAUUUCCUAACAUCAAAGACGCAAUAAACCUUUGGACAAAUAGAGCGUGGUGCAUAUACAGUUGCUGUCAGACCUGUGUAGCCCAGAGUUUAGAAGUAUUGAAAGAUGCCAUCUUCCCAUCCCGAGUCUAUCACAGAGAACUUCACAGUCUAAAACAACAACUGUGUGUUUUGAAAAGUGAACUGUGUAAACUCCAAGAAAACCUGAAGAAUAUCUCAGAAAACUCAUCUCGUUCAAGCUGUUGUCACACGUGUUGCCUGAGUGAUAAACUUACAACUGUGCCUGCCUGUGCUCCAACAACCUGUGGGGAAUCCCAAACUGUAUUUCCUCCCACACAGCCACAGCCAGCCAGUCAUCCUCCCCCUGCUCCUCCUCCUCCUCCUCCUCCUCCCCCUCCGCCCCCUCCUCCCCCCCUCCCUCCCCCUCCACCACCCCUAGCACAUUUGCUGCUCAGAAAAUCUGGUACCACUAGAGCACUUCAGGUUGGACCAUUCAAGAAAGAUGGACCCAUGCAUAUAACAGUUAAAGAUCUACUCACAGUGAAAUUAAAAAAGACACAGAAUAUUGAUGAAAGAAAGAAGUUUGUACCAUCACCACCAGAGGAACGGACUCCGCUAGUUACACUCUCAGACCUGCAGCGUGUUACCCUGAAACCUAACUCCAGGGGGUCAGCAGCUCGAAUUAAAAAUGUCUUAAUUACUCCUGGUAAAAGCCAAAUCGAUCUCCGGAAACUGCUGAGAAAAGUCGAGGUAGAAAGGAGCCCAGGUGGGACCCCUCUUAACAAUAAAGAAAACAUGGAAACAGGAACUGGACUCACUCCAGUCAUGACUCGUGCCUUAAGGAGAAAGUUUCAGGGUGAAAUUAAGUUCAGGUUCUCAGACUCUACUUCCCACAAGUAAUAUCCAUGACUGACACUGGAAAGUUCUCCUAAAAGGUCAUAAUGCUCUGGUUGUAUUGUAUGCUCUGCUGUCUUACAGUGCUUUAAACACCCCCUGUCCACCACCUGCCCACCAUUCCUCUUAACCCACUUUACUUUGUCUGGUUAGCCAAAAUGCCUUCUGAACUUCUGAACUUGGUUUUUCUGUAAAAAGCCUGCCUUAAGAACAAACUGUUACCACAGUUACACGCCGAAGUCAUUUUUUGUGGUCCCGAUCAUUCAGUCCUGGGUGUGCAUUCAAUUCAAUAAACUAUUCUUUUUUGGGGGUGGGGGAAGGUUGGGUUUUUGGAUUUGGCUUUUUCAAGACAGGGUUUCUCUGUGCAGCCCUGGCUGUCCUGGAACUCACUCUGUAGACCAGGCUGGCCUCAAACUCAGAAAUCCACCUGCCUCUGCCUCCCAGAGUGCUGGGAUUACAGGCAUGCGCUGCCACCACCGCCCGACCUCAAUAAACUAUUCUUGCUUAAUGAGACCAGUGUUUGUAUGGUCUGGGUGGCAACUCCUGAACCCUGAUGGUGAGUUUUUGUCUCAAAAUAAGAAGCCAAAAGAGGCUGGAACUGGAGCUCAGUGGUAAAGCCCUUCUUCACCUAGCUUGAGAGACACCGGGUGCUCAGCUUCCAGAGCUACCAAGGCGAGCAAAAAAGACAACAAACAAGUCAGAGAAUGAUAAGUUUUUGUUCUGUUUGCUUUGCAGAUGAUUUAAUUAUUUGGUAUUAUCAAAUUUUAUGAAGAAAAUAAAAACUAAAUUUACAGCUAGGAUUACAUUUCCCCUUUGCUAAUGAAUAUUUGAUGAUUUAAUUUCCUUUAGUGACAAUGUACCAAGUACUUCCUGUAUGGUAAGCACUGUACUAGGGAACCAGGAUUAGAAUGGUUAACAAAGGCAGACAUAGAUCUGCUUGUCUUUUUUUUCUUUAAUAUCUAUAGUAUGUAUUUAUGUUUGUGUGUGUAUGAGUACUCUGUCUGCAUGUAUGCUUACACACUAGAAGAAGGCAUCAGAUCCCAUUAGAGAUGGUUGUGAGGCACCUUGUGGUUGCUGGAAAUUGAAUUCAGGACCUCUGGAAGAGUAGAUAGUGUUCCUUUUUUUUAAAAUUGGAUAUUUUAAUUAUUUACAUUUCAAAUGUUAUCCCCUUUCCCAGUCCCCGCAUCCCCCCAAACCUCCUAUCCCAUCCCCCCCUCAUCCUGCUUCUAUGAGUGUUUUCCCUAAGCCACCCACCCACUCCCACCUCCCCGCCCUCGAAUUCCCCUACAUUGGGGCAUUGAGUCUUCUCAGGACCAAGGGCCUCUUCUCCCGUUGAUAUCAGGUAGCCAGUAUUCUUAACCACUGAGCCAUCUCUCCAGCCCCAGAUCUGCUGUCUUGAACCUUUCAGUCCAGUGGAAAAUAAAGAUGUGAAUCAAAGAAUCCCUUAUUUUCUCAUCCCAUAGUGAGUGCUAUUAAGAAAAGGAAUAAGGGUUUUGUUGGAAAAAAACAUGAUCCCAUGACAGGAUAUGAUCUAGCCUAGAUGGCCUAUCCUGGAAUAUUUCCUUAGAUAAUGAUUCUAGCAGACAUUUAAAGAAUGAAUAGGAAGUAACAGAGAGGGGGUUAUCCCACCAUAAAUGUCAGAGAAGGGAAUGUCCUAGGCAACAAAAGAACAGCAUGUGUAAGUGUCCCACUGAGGGGCCUAAUGGCCUAUAAAACAAGCUGACAAAUGGCGCCAAGGGCUGUCUCUAGGGAGAGCCUAAUAGAGGCCACAGAUGCAGAUGGAGUUGGGAGUCAGGCUGUGCUGUGUGCUGUUAACAGGAAGAGGUUGGACAGCUUUCUCACUCGCCUGCUUAGGUGAGACACGUCAACAGCAUCUUGUCCACACCGGUUUGCUUGGUCAUCUUCUCAUCUCCUGUAUUGCUGAAUCUGUGACGAGAAGCUAUCUUCUUUCUCCCCUGCUGGAAUGCUGGGACUGGGUUGCUGGACUUGAGGCUUUGAACACUGUAAUUCCUUCUUCCCAUGGAGCGGAAGCACCACAGCCUCCUGAGAUAAAGGGAGGAGCCUCACAGAGGCCUUAGGCACUCCCUUUCUCUAUUAGCCUAGCACCCUGCUACCCUUGCCCUACCCCAUAAUUAGUACAAUGUGCUGGGAAUCAUGGAAACAGGCACCAAUAUAACAACAAUGAUGAUGAUGAUAAUAAUUAAAAACCCAAACCCACUUAGUAGAAAGAUAUGGAGUAAAAAUUGUUAAAGAGGUCAGGUAUGAUGGUGCAGAAACAGGUAGAUCCCUGAGUUCGAGGCCAGGCUGGUCUACAGAGUAAGUUCCAGAACAGCCAGGGUCUCACAGAGAAACCCUGUCUUGAAAACACAAAAAAAUGUUAACAACCUUUCCCACUCAGCCCCGACACUUCCAUUAACCAUAAAGUAAGUCUUCUUAGAAACACUUCCAUUAACCAUAAAGUAAGUCUUCUUAGAGUGUGCACCAGCCACAGGUGACAGAUUUGACCAUUAGUCAAAAGACUAAUUCAUUUUUCUACAUAUUUAUAAAUGUGCUCCUCCCACACCAAGAGCCUUAAGUAGCCAUGUAAUUGAGGCUGGUCUACAAUGGAUUAAUUUUUCUUGGUUGGUUGUUUGCUUGCUUAGUUAGUUGCUUGAUUGGUUGGUUGCUUGCUUGCUUGGUUUUUUUCAAGCUGAGGACCAAAUCUAGGGCAGAAUUGCAUGGCAAGCACUCCACUUGGAGCAAAAUCUUCAACCACUUGAAUUCGGUUUUGUUUUAUUUUUUAAAAAACAAGACAAAACCUUUGUCUAUACUUUUUUGUUGUUGUUGUUGUUGUUGUUUUAAACCUUAUAACCCUGGCUGACCUGGAACUUGCUACAUAGACCAGGAUGGCCUUAAACUCCUGUCUGGGAUUAAAUGCAUGGGCUACCACCCCAGCUGGAAUUCAUAUUUCUCACCUGAACAUUCCUUUGGGAAAUAGGAAGUGCAUAGCUAGUCCAGCUGUUUCAUCUUGUCAUCCCUGCUCUUAGUCCUUUACUUUUGUUUAGUGCUGCUGGUGGUGCUGCUAGUGGUGGUGUUGGUGGUGGUGCUGCUAGUAGUGGUGGUAGUGGUGGUAGUGGUGCUGCUGCUGCUGGUGGUGGUACUAGUGAUAGUGAUGCUGCUGGUGGUGAUACUGCUUGUUGUGCUGCUAGUGGUGAUGGUGCUGGUAGUGAUGCUGCUAGUGGUGGUGGUGGUGGUGGUGGUGGUGGUGCUGCUGCUGCUG